AUAGAGAGAGAGAGAGGAUGGGGGCGGGGAAUGAAGAUAGUAGUUCCACACCUCUGCUUAUUUCCUUUCACUUAAUUUUUCUUGUCACUUGCUGCACACAUUUGUUCUUGUCAGUCACAGGCAAGAUGGAAAACUCUCUGCUGAUGACUCUUACGGCGCUCCUGCUCCUCGGUGUUCGAGAAGGAACAUCACAGAUGUCUAAUAUCACAAAUAUCACCAACACAAACUUCUCAACCCCCAAAACAAUACCCACUCAGACCCCAUGUCCUAAAACUAUCCAUUAUAUCACUCAAUUUGUUCUGGCCCGGCUGAAGGUAAAGCGGGGGAAGAGUCCGUGCGAGGGUCAGCUGUUUGUGUAUUUCCCUAAUAAGACUCAAGCCCCUUUGUGCGUUAACAGCCACUUAUCAGAAAGCUGGUGGAAUGAGCUCUGUAAGGAUAUGAGAUGUGGAGACUACAAGGGCUUUAAGACCACAAAUAAGGCUCCUGGUCAUGUUCUCACAGGAAACAUGACGUUAAUCAGUGAAAGAUGCGCAGGGCUGCAAAUCAUUUGCGAAGAUCCUCUAGGAAGGGAGUUGUCUGCCUAUAAAGCAGUAACUGGCAUAUUAAUUUUCUUGAUGUUGGGAGUCAUUCUGGUUCAGUACGGUCAGCCCACAUACAAAGCCAUCCGCAAAAGAUUUUCACAAAAACGGGAGACUCGCUGGGUUGGGCCGACUCAGAGUCAGAGUGUGUCCUAUCACAGAGGUCAAGGUCCCCCAAACAACAACACGCUCAAGAGACAAUCCUUUCCUGGUUUGGAGAGGCUGACGGUAAACACGAGCAGAGAGCCCUCGUCCAACCGAAACAGUGACUAUGACUCGUACGGCUUCAACUGAAGGCCUGGGCUCACAGAAGUCCUGAGAGUGUGUUUCCUGACCCCGAGACUCUCGCCAGUCUCAUCUAGAAUCAGCAGUCUUGUGUUGUGGGGAUUUGGUUGAUUUGAGCUGUCCUUUGGCAAGUCAAACAAGAUGUAAAUAUGUUCGAGAAGUUCAGCUGAGAAAUCCAUCUAGGACAGAAUUUAAAAAAAAAAACAUUUGUCUCAACGUAACCAGCAAAGUGCUUACUGUAAAAAUGAAUACACUAUAUCUAAUCAAUACAAUUGUGACAACAGAUUACAAGCAAUAUUAUUAAUUAAAUGUAACAAAUUAGAACUGAGUAAUAAUUAAUCUAUCUAACCAUUUCAAAUUAGUAAACUUUACACAAAAAAUAUGCGAAUAACAGAUAAUUAAGAACGAAAAACAACUCUUUAUUUUAUAUUGACAAUAUUGAAGACACCUGACGUUAACAAGCCGAAUCGCUUGUCACCAUAAGUCACCAUUAUGGUGAUCAAUGUUUGUUUUAGUUGGGCUCUUGACCCUUGAAUCAUUGACUUUAAGUUUUCUUUGCAUGGCUGAUAUACCUGAGUUAUAACAUUCAGAUGAACAAAUAGUAAAUGGUAUCUGAUGGUGUUGGUUAUGUUUUAACAUAAAAAAAAUUUUCACAAUCAUUUGACUGGUUAACUUUUAAGGAAUUAAUUUUUAAAUUUAAUUAAUAAAAUUGCUUGUAAUCUGUUAGAACAAUUUUAUUGCUUAGAUAUAGCAUGUUUUACAGUGUAUUGCAUAGCAGGCUUCAUUAUAUAUAUAUAUAUAUAUAUAUUUGUAAUUACUUGAUUUUGCUGUAUAUGCUUGUUAAUAUUGUUUUCUAAAUAGCCAGAAACAAAAUGGAAUUUUGCUCAUGUCCUGAAAGACUUUUUUGUUUAUUGGAGUAUGAAUAAUUUUAAAUAAACUAUUAAGAAAAUCAUUUAGACCUUCCCUGGCUUUUGACUUGGGUGCAGAAUCAUAAUGAAAUUGGAUAUGCUGUAAAUAAGUUGAACACUACACGAUAAACAUUUUAGGAUGCUUUUGGUUGAGCUUUGAUGAGAAAUUUCUUCUUCUGAGGUGGAAGUGAUGUAAAGGUUGGAAGAGGGAAUGAGCUGUUAAUGCACAAUUUUGCAGCAAUGUGGUUUCCUGUCGUAAUUCUAUUGACUUCCUGUUUGUGUU